AUGGACUGCCUCUGGACGCUCUCAGUCUUCCGGGAACGGCAUAUCAUUGUCUCCAGCAAUGAGCAACGGCGACCGAGCACUCCUCAACGCCCCCAAAUACGACACAAUGACAGCAGCCACACCCUCCUGAAGGUCCCCACCAGUUCCGCUAGCCGGGAGGGCGGCGUUUCUACACCAGACGGUGAAGAGGAGUUCACUGUCCCCGGCCUCACGCCAGAGCAAGAAGAACCCUUUGUCCUGACUGUCAACUCCUUCGACUGGUCAUCGACACCCCUCGGGCCGAUGGUGCACUGGCCUGUACAACUCCAACAGACAUUCAAUCAGAUCCUCGCAGAUUCGAGACCGAUCGCUUUGUAUUGGGGCGACCGCCUAACAAUAUUGUAUAAUGAAGCGUUUGCCAAGCUUUGCGGCGCAAAACACCCAGGCCUGCUUGGGAAGCCCCUCGACGACGCCUGGCCUGAUUUCAGCGAUAAAAUCCAGGAGACCAUGAGAAACAGCAUUAACAAGCGGCGUGCUAGCGACGAAAAUGAAUGGCGGUUCUUCAUCGAGAACGAGGAUGGCGGUUCAGAAGAAACCUACCUAAAAUGGUCCAUCGUUCCAAUAAUACCAGAGAAGCAGGGGAGGCCUGUUGGCUUCUUACAGCCAGUCAGUGACACCACCAAGAUGCACCUUUGGGACCGACGAAUGAAGAUGCUCAUAGACCUCGGCGAAUUGUUGGUCACAGCGAGAGAUGCAAGAUCCUACUGGCGAAAGAUGCUUGAGGCAUUGGAGACAUGCUCGCCAAGCUACGACAUUCCUUUGGCCAUCCUCUACUCAGUGACGGAAGACCGGAAGACAGCACACGGACAUAACAGUGUCUGUCACCUGGAAGGCUCUCUAGGUGUGCCAAAGGGCCACCGACUGAUACCCGAAACGAUGGCUCUGCUUUCAAGCCAGGAAGGCCUGGGCACGGCGUUCCGAUCCGCCAUGGAAUCACGAAGCCCUACCAUUGUCUCGACAAGAGACGGGACACUCCCUGAAGAGCUGCUUCAUGAUAUCCACUGGCGCGGAUUCCACGAUCCAUGUCAUGAGGCUAUUAUUUGUCCAAUUCGACCAAUAAAAGAUGAACGUGUCAUGGGCUUGCUUGUACUUGGGCUGAACCCGCGGCGACCGUACGAUUCCGAGUAUCAGCAGUACAUCAAUCUCCUAAACCAAAAGCUCACAACAACUCUUGCAUCAACCGUUCUGCUUGAGGAAGAAGCUCGGAGAAACAGAAAUAUCUCUGAGCAAGCGGCAAAUGACAGGGCGCAACUUAAGAGCCAGCUUGCAGAGCAAACCCAUGUGGUCAAUGAGUGGGUAUCCAAGUUCCAAGCUAUUGCCGAGCUCAUUCCAGUGGGCAUGUGCUUUGGCGGCCCUGAAGGAGAGAUAACCUUUGCCAAUGAUGCGUGGCACAACAUCACUGGCGUUCCUAAAUCCAAUCGUAUAACACAAGAAGAGUUUCUGUCUCGUGUUGUUGAAGAGGAUCGUCACAAUGUGUCUCGCGCCUAUAAGGAAAUGAAGGACACCGGGACAGUAAACAUCGAAUUCAGAAUUCACCGCGAGGAAGAGGCGCCGUUGCCACAACCAAUUGGAAGCUCUCCAGCCUUCGAAAAGAUCGGUCUGGAUUUCACUACGGAGACGCGGGAGCGCUAUAUCAGCGCUGCCCUCAAGGCAGAAGUUGAAGACGACGGUUCGAUUGUACGAGUCUUUGCCUGUAUGACAGAUGUCACUUUGCACAAAAAAGCCGCCGAUGCAGCCAUCCGAAAGGCUUCUCAAGCAGAGAACCUGAAGAAGCUAGCUGAGAACGCAUCAGUUGGCAUGUACGAAAUGCAAACAGAUGGUCGGCUGAUUUGGGCCAAUAGUACCUUUUUCGAGAUGUGUGGCUUGGACCAAGUUGAUCUUGCCAAGUACGAGGUACGGCCGUUCGAGUCUUGCGUCGUGGAAGAGGAUAAGCCGCUGCUUUACCAAGCCUUGGAAAGAUUGACCACCAAAGGAAAGAAGGCUUUUGCGGAGAUCCGCCUCAAUACGCUGUGGACAGAAGAGGAUCACGCAGACAGCAAAAUUGUCGCUCCACGAUGUAUUUUGGCUUCCUUCAGACCAGUCAAAGGAGGUGUCAUUGAAACUUUCACGGGCUGUCUUGUCGACAUGACCUUACAACGCCAGCAAUUCGAGACGGAGAGACAGCGUAAAGAUGAAGCCAUUGAGUCCAAACGGCAACAAGAGAACUUCAUUGACAUGACGUCUCACGAAAUGAGAAAUCCCCUGAGCGCUAUUGUCCAGUGUGCAGAUUCUGUGGUUGCUUCAAGCUCCAGAGGUGAGCAGAUCCUCCGGUCCCAGGAUGGUAACAGCAAGGAUGAAUCAUUGCUCUUGAGCAAAGACGACCGAGAGGAGUUGUUACAUUUGCUAUCCACAUGUAUCGAUAACGCCGAGACUAUUGAUAUAUGUGCACAACACCAGAGACAUAUCGUUGACGAUAUUCUCACUAUGUCUAAGAUGGACUCGGAUUUGCUCGCCGUAAGCUCAGCCACGGUCGAUCCCAGGGUAGUAGCAACGGAGUCACUGAAGAUGUUUGAGGUCGAGGCUCGACGAGUGGACAUCAAUCUCACCAUGGCUAUCGACAAGGGUUAUGAUGAUCUCAAGAUCGACUUUUUAGACUUUGAUCCCUCUCGGUUGCGGCAAGUUCUGAUCAACUUACUCACCAACGCACUGAAAUUCACCAAGACACAAGCAACAAGAAAUGUGUCCAUCAAGCUCAGUGCUUCGAGGGACCGUCCAACCGAUGCCACAUCAACCGUUCAAUAUAUACCACACACUACAGAUGGCCCAGCCAUUCAGACUACACAUACCGCGACCGAUGCAGAUGUAGUGUAUCUUACCUUCGAAGUCAAAGAUACUGGCCAAGGCCUCACUGCGGAAGAAAAGUCCUCUUUAUUCCAGCGCUUUGUCCAAGCAUCCCCAAAGACUCACGUCAAAUAUGGCGGCUCCGGUCUAGGCUUGUUCAUUUCCAAGCGCUUGACUGAGAUGCUUGGCGGACAAAUCGGCGUUGCCUCUCAGCCCGGCCACGGGUCCACGUUUGGUUUCUACAUCGCAGCCAUUGUCCCAGAUAAAGAAGCUCUUCAGGAGGCCAGAGCAACAGCAAAGACCAUAGUGCCCGCAGCUGCGACUCCUACCAGCAACACAGCCCCAAAGAAUCACAAGUUUACAUCGUCGCGACUCCAAACCACUGCAGCCGUGGAUAGCCUAGUGAAGGGUGUUUUAAUUGUCGAGGACAACCUGAUCAACCAGCAGAUCACGCGCCGUGGCCUUGUGGAUAAGGGCUAUAAAAUUGAGGUUGCUAACCACGGCCUAGAGGCUUUGGAGAAACUCAAGCUUACAAACAGAAUGGGCGGCGAGUUUCCACUAGAUGUUGUCAUGAUGGAUAUGGAGAUGCCUAUCAUGGAUGGCUUGACUUGCACAAGAAACAUAAGAGAAUUGGAGCGGGAUGGGAAGCUGACUGGGCCUCGCAUACCGAUUAUCGCGGUUUCGGCGAAUGCAAGAAGUGAACAAAUUCAAGAGGCGAAAUCCGCUGGCUGCGACGACGUGCUUGUCAAGCCCUACAAGAUUCUCGAGCUGAUCAAAGUUAUGCAGUCGCUCGUUAAACGACUGGACACGCAACAAGUCGCACGAAAUGACGAGAAGCCGCAAACCCCAGCAGAUGCGCAAUCAAGCGUAGAGAAGGUUGAGUCUUCAACCGAGUCACAAGGAGGAACGCGAGGUAGCGAGAAGCUAGGUACCGCGGCGGGCGAGCUGGAGACGAGUGAAUGA